AUGGCGGUGUCAUCGACAGCAGAAGAGAAUGGAACCGUCAACCAUUCUGCAACCACAACGGCGUACCCCUUGGCCGAUGGCAUCUAUGUACCGACCGUUGCAUUCUUUACCCCUGACAGCAACAUCGAUCUCGAGGCUACAAGAGCCCACGCAGCUAGACUCGCACAGGCGGGCGUUGCUGGCCUCGUCACUCAUGGUUCCAACGGCGAAGCUGUCCAUCUCGAUCAUGAAGAACGACGACUCAUUACACGGACUACACGAAGUGCCUUGGAUCAGGCAGGGAAGAAUGACCUACCUCUCAUCGCUGGUUGUGGUGCCCAGUCAACACGAGAAACGGUAGAGCUCUGUCGCGAGGCCGCCAACUCAGGGGCAAGCCACGCCCUUGUUCUCCCGCCAGCGUACUACCACAAUCUCCUCACUACUGAGCUCAUUCAACAGCACUUUCGGAAAGUAGCCGACCAGAGCCCUAUCCCUAUCAUCAUCUACAACUUCCCUGCCGCCUGUGCCGGCCUCGAUCUCAACUCUGAUACUAUUCUUGCCCUGGCUCAGCACCCCAACAUUGUCGGUGUCAAGCUCACAUGCGGAAACACGGGAAAACUGGCUAGAGUAGUGGCGGGGACUAAGGACAUGGCUUUCAAGACCUUUGCUGGAAGCGUCGACUUUACGAUCCAAUCCCUCUCUGUUGGGGGACACGGGGUCAUUGGCGGCACGGCCAACAUCGCCCCCCUGGCAUGCGUUCAUCUCAUGCAACUGUGGAAAGAAGGAAAACAAAAGGAGGCUGUGGGAUUACAGGCGAUAGUAUCUCGCGGCGAUUGGGCAGCUAUCAAAGGCGGCUUCAUAGCUGUCAAGGCGGCACUGGAGAGAUAUUAUGGGUACGGGGGUCAGCCAAGGAAGCCAUGCUCGCCCCUUGAGGGUACUGCGCUCGACGCUCAGCUGGAGGGAUUCUUGGAGCUUGUCGAUUUGGAGAAGAGAUUUGAGGGUGAUUGCAAGAGCUGA